CACGACCGAGAGCUCACUAGAAAGGACAAACCGAAAGCAAGAAAGGACGCUCAUUCAACACGAACCCGUUUGGAGGCGAGCACUACUGAAAUCGUGAAGAUACUAACGUGGUCUACAGCUGAACGGCAAUCUCAAGACUAUCGACGGGAUUUACAUAUAUGUAUAUAUAUAUUUUUUGCAAUAGCUGAAAUUAUAUAACGGGAGGACAGCGUCAGUCCAUGUUGCGCUCAGUGAGUCAUUGACAAAUACACAGGCAUUCCUUGCACAGACGCAUGAAUGAAUGUCUGUGUAGAGCGUAUGCAGGAUAAUAUCACCGCCAGAAUUUGUGUUCUGUCGAUUUAACCCGAGUCCACGAGACAGACAAGGGCGCGAGCAUAGAUUUUUUUUUCCGGUUUAGGAGAACACAACGUUAUUCGCAACAGAUUUUGUGACCGGUGACGCUGCGAUUACCUCAAUGCCCCGGUCCUCAUAGUAAGAAGCACAGCCUCCUGUUGUGCACUCCCUCGACUGCGCCGCAGAGACAAUUUCCACCUUCCCUCUUUUAACCUCGUGCCACUAAUGCUUGAUAAGUUCAAACCCGUUCAUUUCGAUUCCGUGAUGGCAAUCAGCAAGACCGUGGAAUGGCUGAAGGAGCAGCUGGAGACUCGCAACGACUGCUUGCUGGUGAUGGACUGCAGAGCGCAGGAGCUCUACGAGUCCUCGCACGUCGAGACGGCCAUAAACGUGGCCAUCCCGAGCCUCAUGCUCCGGCGGCUCAAGAAGGGAAACCUGCCGAUCAAGUCCCUGCUCGCCAACGGAGAGGACCGCGAGAAAUUCGCGCGGAGGUGCAAGACGGAUACGAUCGUGCUCUACGACGAAUACAGCAGGGACUGGAACGAAAAUGUCGACGGGGGUUCAGUGCUCGGAUUGCUGCUUAGGAGGAUGAAAGACGAGGGAUACAAGGCGUUCUACUUAGAAGGAGGCUUCAGCAAAUUCCAAGCCGAGUUCCCAGCGCUUUGCGACACGAAUCUGGACAGCUCUUCCAGCAACAGCUCUCCGACCGCGCAGGUUCUGGGGCUGGGAGGGCUGCGGAUCAGCUCCGACUCCUCCGACAUCGAGUCCGACAUCGACCGCGACCCCAACAGCGCCACGGACUCGGACGGCAGCCCCCUGUCCAACCCCCAGCCCUCUUUCCCCGUGGAAAUCUUGCCGCACCUCUACCUGGGCUGCGCCAAGGACUCCACGAACUUGGACAUUUUGGAAGAAUACGGCAUCAAGUACAUCCUGAACGUGACGCCGAACCUGCCCAAUUUGUUCGAGAACGCCGGCGAGUUCAAAUACAAGCAGAUUCCCAUAUCGGAUCACUGGAGCCAGAAUCUCUCCCAGUUCUUCCCCGAGGCGAUUAGCUUCAUCGACGAGGCCCGCGGUCAGGAGUGUGGCGUCCUGGUGCACUGCCUGGCCGGCAUCAGCCGCUCGGUGACGGUCACGGUGGCCUACCUGAUGCAGAAGCUCAACCUCUCCAUGAACGACGCCUACGACAUCGUCAAGAUGAAGAAGUCCAACAUCUCGCCCAACUUCAACUUCAUGGGCCAGCUGCUGGACUUCGAGCGCACGCUGGGCCUAAGCAGCCCCUGCGACAACCGCAUGCCCGCCGCCGGCACUCAGCCGCUCUACUUCACCACGCCCACCAACCACAACGUCUUUCAGCUGGACGCCCUCGAGUCCACGUGAGGCGGCACCCCCGCCCCCGCGCGCCGACCCGGAGGCGACCUCUCCUGAAAGCGUUCUCUCUCUCUGUCUCUUUUUUCUCCCCCUGGCCUGUCAUGGGAGGGGGGCCUUGACGCGAUUGUCACAGUUGGCUUGAGUUGACAGCUGCCCUACGAGGUUGCUGAGGGACGCGUGGCCUGGCUGAAGCUGAGACGCAGCUGUUUAUCCGGGGGAGGAAGUGGCGGCUUUCUCUUUCUCCCCCCACCACCCCUUGCUCGCUCUCGGACUCGGACUCUCUGAGUUUACUUCUCCAAAGGUCAGCAGACGCAAACGGAAAGGUGGACAGAUGCAUGCAAAGCAGCAGAUUUUGGGAUGCCAAAGAGACACAGUCGCUCGAAUUGGACAUACUUUAUGAGCUAUUAUUGAUGCUGUUGUCAUUUGCAAGCACUUGCACCUAUAGACUCUUUUUUUCAUCUUGGGUGUAAAUUUGUCUUCAGUGAAGACUUCCCUGUUUUGGGGGUGAAGCACCCCAGGUUAUGAGGGCACAGUGUAUGGUACUCCAUUUUAUUUCUGUGGAGUAGUUGGAAACAUUUAUACUUAUGUAUAUAUCUAAUAUAAAAGACUUGAGGGUAAAGCCUUGCUCCAGAAAGAACAUGCCCUUUGCAAAUAAGUAGGUACUGAUGUUUUUUUCUUCUUUUAUGUAAACAUACAUACUGAAUAUUGAUCUAUAGCGUUGUUUAAUAUGCCAAAAAAUCUAUAGGUUUUUAAGAUUUUAAAUGUGUAUACUUGUAAUAUAUUUUAUGAUGUUUUGCUUAAUGUAUGAAAUCAAUUGAUAGGCCUUUUUCCACCACCCCUACAGGUGAUUCAGCGUCACCUUGGUUUUUUUGCCUUAGUUUUGUAUAUAGAAGCAUUAUUGCCACAUUGACCCCACCCCCCAAAACAAAUUUUCUUUUUAAAUCUCCCAAGUUAAUCAGUCACCAUUUUUGACAGCGAAACCCAUCCGCAGAGUAUUGGCAUGCCAGAAAGGACAAGUUAAAAACAUCUGAGUUUAUGCCCAUUGAUAUCAAAGGCUUACCUAUUGUAGGAGGUGGUGGCCUGGGUUUGGAUUAGAUACUGCAUGCGGCCUGUAUUAGACACGAGAUAUUUAAGGGUGCUGUCCUGAGUUAAACUGGAUUGACUGAGUUAUAUGGGACCUAGGAGGACUACAGUACUCUCCUGUUUAUUUUCACAGGAAUCUUGAAGGAUUCAGGCAGGCAAUGCUCACUCUUGUGCAAGGGUCUGACUCUUUGGAAAUGUCGAGGCAGGGGAGCACUUCCCCCGGUCUCCUCUUCAGGGAUAUUCUGUAAAAUGCAACUUUGAUAUCAGAGAAUUGGAAUGGAUUGGGAGGGGGGGUGUGGGUGCCUCCAGAAGGCCAUCUGAAGGAGAGCUACCUUAUCCCCCCACGGUGAG